AUGGUCAAAAAUGGAGAGGACCGCUUGUGCGUAGAUUAUAGAGAGUUGAAUGUGAACACAGUAAGAGAUCAUUAUCCACUGCCACUCAUCUCUGAACAACUGGACCAACUAGCAGAAGCCAAAUAUUUUACAUGUCUGGAUAUGGCCGCAGGGUUUCAUCAAAUACCAAUUGAACCAAAUUCCAUUGAGAAGACUGCAUUCAUUACUCCAGACGGGCAAUAUGAUUACCUUACGAUGCCUUGUGGGUUUACCAAUGCUCCAUCAGUAUAUCAAAGAGCAAUCAACAAAGCAUUAGGAGAUUUAAGAGGAAAAACCGCUCUAGUUUACAUGGACGAUAUCUUGAUUCCCAGUAAAACCAUCGUAGAAGCCAUUGCAAAACUAGAACUGGUAUUGGAAGCCCUGGCGAAAGCUGGUUUUGCUAUAAAUAAAAAGGAAUGCGCCUUUUUGAAGAGUGCAAUUGAAUAUCUUGGAUUUAUGGUAAGCAAUGGCAAAAUUAGACCCAGUCCGACGAAAGUAGAGGCCUUAGCUAAAUCUCCUCCUCCAACAAACAUCAAACAGCUAAGGCAGUUUAAUGGCUUGGCGGGAUAUUUUCGGUGCUUCAUACCCAGGUUUUCAACUGAACUGGUUCCUCUCUAUAAUUUAACCAAAUUAGGAGCGACAUGGGAAUGGACGCCAAAACAUGAAGCUGUUCGCUCCAAAAUUAUAAAGUAUCUCACAUCGGCACCGCUACUCACUAUUUGUAAGAGUGUAACCCAACAGAAUUACAUACCGAUGCUAAUUCUUUCGGAUUUGGAGCAGUUCUAA